AUGUCGAAUAUUGUAGAAUUAAGCGACUUGAACACGCUUAUUGAAAAGACCGGACGAAAUCUUCCAUAUAUCCAAUUAAUAAGGCCAAAUGGCAUUGCUAAAGUGGUCAAUCGGUUGUUACUAAAAAUUACACCUUGCUCAUUGUUGGACUGUAGGCCUUUUGGCGUCAAUUGCAAAAGCCUAAUUCUUAGAACAUGUUCAUUCAAUAGAUUUGUCAAGACAUCCAUUGAUUCCAUAUUACUUACAUUGACUAGUGACCAUGCUAGACGCAGGAUUAAGGAGUUGUCAUAUACUGAAAUAUAUAAUCCUCAGGAUUUCAUCAAUUUCAUUAGAACAAUCCUCAAGAUAACAGAUAACGGAAACAAAAAUAGUACUACGUUUACAUUGGUAAUAAAUGACCCAUUGGAGCUGGUGCAGACUAUGCCUCUAUUUCUCUACACACUGCUAACGUUAAAUUACGAAAUACACGGUAGCAAUAGACAAUUACGAGUUAUAUUUUCCACAUGUGGACCUAUUCCUUUGGAAUCUGGUCCAUGUGAAUCCCUAUUCACAUACCAAAUACCACUUACACUCGAAUUAUCUACCGCUAUUAUAAAGUCUCUAGAUCAAUCCAGUAAUUGGCACAGAGUGGUGGAUUAUGUGGUCCAAUUAAGCUACAAAUGGCUGUCCAACGACUUUGACUAUAUUUUACUCACUUGCCAAUCUUUGUACAAAUUGUUUAAUUAUUUUAUCGCAUCGGAUACUCGUUCUUCCAUUGAUAGUUCGUUACGGUUACUAGACCCAUACAUUAAAUGUGCAAUAACUUCAUAUGGAAGCAGAAUUGUCCAACACAAUAUUGAAAACUCAGCUUUUAUUGGUGCAAAUAUUUGCACUAAUUUAAAAUCAACCACUCGAGUUAAAUGGCUACUAUUAGGGGCUGCAUUAGCGUCAAUUGCCACAAAAAGAACAUGGAAGAUUAUAGGCAAGAGAGAUGCUGCCACUAAGCGUAGGAAGAACUCGAAGAUUAACGAGUUCGACCUAUGCAAUGGUCGCCCAUUUGAAUUUGCCCAGUGGUUAGCUCUAACCCAGGGUCUAAUUUUCUACUGCCGAUCAUUAAUUUGUGAUAUAAAUCCAGAUGUUUUAAAACAGUCCAAUUGGAUUAUUAACCAUGGGCUAGUUACACCAGUUGAGGAAGGGGGGAUUAUUGGUUUGUACGGAUUACACUGGUGCAAUCAGUGUGGAAUAGAUUCACUAAACGAUCAAGACUAUAGAUCCUGGAUGAUCGGACAGAAGGGAAGCAAAAGACAUGAUUGGAUAGGGCCACAAGCCAUGUUGGCGUUAAGAGUGCCAGAUUAUGUGAUAAAUGGAAUUUGCGGAGAACUUAGCGUACAUCUGGACGAGUUUAUUUAA